CCAGCUCGAUGAUGAUGAAUACAUUGGAAAGUUUUUUUGGCCCUGGUGAGGGUGUCAGAUUGAAUGCUCUGUGCGCAUGUGCGAAGGUGUCCAAACUGACAAUGCUGGGGAGAUGAAGAUAGUGUGUAGCUGCUUCUGGGCUCAAGGAGGAGGAGAGGAAUCCACACGCCGACACGAUGAGAUCCAAGGCGAGGGCGAGAAAACUGCCCAAAAGUGACAGCGAGAUUGUAAAUAAUAUGUACGAGACCGACCCCGAUCUCCUUGCUGGAGAAAGCGCAGAGGAGGAAACUGAGGACAGUAUAAUGUCCCCCAUCCCUGUGGGACCUCCGUCACCCUUCCCCACCAGUGAGGACUUCACUCCCAAGGAGGGCUCACCCUAUGAAGCUCCCGUCUACAUUCCUGAUGACAUUCCAAUCCCACCAGAUUUUGAACUCAGAGAAUCUUCGAUCCCAGGGGCAGGGCUAGGGAUUUGGGCCAAAAAGAAGAUUGAAGUUGGGGAAAGAUUUGGACCCUAUAUGGCAGUACAGAGGAGCACAUUAAAGGAAACAAACUUUGGAUGGGAGCAAAUACUGACUGAUCCUGAGGUGACCUCCCAGGAGGGCAAUAUAAAAAAGGUAGGAUAUGGCUCAGUCUUCUGGGAGUUGUUUUAUUCCCUGGCUUGGAAAUGCACCCGGGCACCUCUCCUCCGCUUUUGAACCAAGGUGUUGAUGGCAAUAACGUCGUAAAAGUUUUCCAGUGUUUGCUGUUGCUUUUUUGGAUUAAGUGUUGUGGUUCUGUUGGCAUAUUUUCCUGUCUUUUUGCGAUUCCAGUCAUUAUGAAAGAGAAAAUAAUAGUUUGAGGUGUUCCUUGAUUCAGCUACAACACAAACAGAUG